UUACAUAAGUGAAAGUGAAAGUGAGCAGCAGGAGACACGCAGCUCGUCGUCUGUGGAACAUCUUCUAAGAACAUGGACAUCUCAAACAACAGGAGAAUCGCCAUCCUGGGGAAAACCGGCGUUGGGAAAAGCAGCCUGGCUAACACCAUCUUCGAAGAGCAGCGGUUCAAGGUCGGCCACAACGUGAACUCCGAAACAACCAAAUGUCAAGCGGAAACUAAAGGUGCGAGCGGAGGGCCGAUCACUCUGAUCGACACUCCCGGUUUCUUCGACACGGAUCGAUCCGAGGACGAGCUGAAGCCUGAAAUCCUGAGGUGCAUCACGGAGUUCUCUCCCGGGCCUCACGCCUUCCUCAUCGUGCUCAGAGUGGAGCGCUUCACGGAGCAGGAGCAGGCCGUCGUCAAUAAAGUCAGCCAGUACUUCUCUGAAGAGGUGUUCCAGUUCUCCACCGUCCUCUUCACCCACGGCGACCAGCUCCCCGACGGAGACACCAUCGGCAGCUUCGUCCGAGCCAAUGAGCCCGUGAGGGAGCUGGUGGAGAAGUGCGGCGGCCGCUGCCACGUCAUCGAUAGCAAAUACUGGAACAACGACCCGCAGGAAGAAUACAGGAACAACCGGGUCCGGGUGACGGAGAUCCUCAAGACCAUCAAUCAGAUGAUUGAGGAGAACCAAGGAAGAUGCUACACCAAUGAGAUGCUGCAGGCGGUGGAGAGAAGAAUAACGCAGGAGGUGGAAAGCAUCAGACGGACGCCGGGAAACAAGACGGAGGGAGAGAUGAGACGCGAGGCCAAAGAGAACGUGUUCAUGUGGCUUUGGUCCAACCUGAAGGAUAUGGCCUCCAAUGCCUUGUGGGGAGCUCUGUUUGGUCUCAGGGGGCUGGUGACACAAGUGAUAACGGCUUUAGCUCAAACAGGAACCGCUGGAGGGAGAGGAGGAGUCUCGCUGCAAAGGGCAGCUGGCGUUGCUCUCGGAGGAGCGAUGCAAGGAGUGAUGAGAGGCCUCAAUGCAUCGGAGGGAGCCGACUCCCAAGGAGGAGCAGGAAGGAAUGCAUCCGGCGCUUACAUGUAAUCAAGCAGCCAGCCUCAAAAGCACCUGAUGACACCGCCAGAGGGGAACCAAUCAGAAACCAGUCAUCAGACGUGUCACUAGUCACACCUCCCUCUAAACAACAUGAGUCUCUUUUUAUCAGUGUUUCUCUCAUAUAUCACUUUAUGCUUCACAUAUAGUCUCAUAGUGUUUAGUGGCAAUUUAAUGAAGAACAUUUGAGCCACUCAGAGUAUUAUGGUUAAUCAUAAGUCAUAUGUAAUAUGUCUUAGUGUAGCUGAAUUAUUAUUCAUAAGAUUCAUCGUCAAUUAAGAUUCAAUCUCUUUGAUGAUUUUGUUGUUGUUGCUAGGAGUUUUUAGUUCUCAUGUAUCUCUUUAUUCUUCACAUAUCUCAUUAUUUAGUGGACUUUUAACGCCUUAAAGUGUUUUUCUAUGUAUAAAUAUGUAAUAACAUGUUCUUUGUUGACUGAACGCUCAGGAGGAGUAAAUCAGUGAACUCUUGGGUCACCUGAUCAUUUUAAAUUUAAAAUUGUGAUAUUUUUGGCUUUUCUUUUUCUUCAAUAUUUACAUUAUUCAUCUUUGUAACCAUUUAUCUUCCUAUAAUUGCACCCAAAAAAAUUAAAUAAACAAAUAAAACUGGUUUGUAUUCUGUACAUUCCAACCAAA